GAGCAGCCGCCACCGUCUCCGCCGUCGCUUCGGUAGCCGCCGCGGUGGUCGCUUCGGGCAGCCGUUCGCUCUCGGGGCGUCGCCUCCCAUCCCGACAUCCCGCCCGGAGGACGCUGAGGCUGAAGCGCGGCCGGCGGCUGGGGGACGGCCCGGCCCCUCAGCUGCGCGGGCGGCCGCAGUGACAGCCCGGCCCCAGCCCGCCGCCCGCCCUCGCCCUCGCCCUCGCCCUCGGUGCCCGCAGCCACGAUGAACCGGGGCAGCAGCAGCCCGUCGGCCGCCGCCAACUACCUGCUCUGUACCAACUGCCGGAAAGUACUGCGGAAGGAUAAAAGAAUCAGAGUAUCUCAACCCUUGACAAGAGGACCAAGUGCCUUUAUUCCAGAGAAGGAAGUUGUCCAAGCAAACACAGUGGAUGAACGUACUAACUUUCUUGUGGAAGAAUACUCUACAUCCGGUCGCCUGGACAACAUCACCCAGGUCAUGAGUCUGCACACGCAGUACCUGGAGUCCUUCCUGAGGAGCCAGUUCUACAUGCUGCGCAUGGACGGCCCCCUUCCUCUACCGCACCGGCACUACAUCGCCAUCAUGGCUGCAGCUAGACAUCAGUGUUCUUACUUAAUAAACAUGCAUGUGGAUGAAUUUUUAAAGACAGGAGGUAUUGCUGAGUGGUUGAAUGGUUUGGAAUAUGUACCACAAAGACUGAAAAAUCUUAAUGAAAUAAACAAGCUGUUAGCACACCGACCCUGGCUGAUCACAAAAGAGCACAUUCAGAAACUUGUCAAAACCGGAGAAAAUAAUUGGUCUCUGCCCGAACUGGUACAUGCUGUGGUCCUACUGGCACAUUAUCAUGCUUUGGCAAGCUUUGUUUUUGGUAGUGGCAUCAAUCCAGAAAGAGAUCCAGAAAUCUCCAAUGGAUUCAGGCUAAUAUCAGUCAACAAUUUCUGUGUGUGUGAUCUCGCUAAUGACAACAACAUAGAGAAUGCAUCUCUAACAGGCAGCAACUUUGGGAUCGUCGAUUCUCUAAGUGAGCUAGAGGCCUUAAUGGAAAGAAUGAAAAGGCUUCAGGAAGAAAGGGAAGAUGAAGAGGCAUCUCAGGAAGAAAUGACCACUCGCUUUGAGAAGGAGAAGAAAGAAAGUCUUUUUGUGGUCUCUGGAGAUACUUUUCAUUCAUUUCCUCAUUCAGAUUUUGAGGAUGACAUGAUUAUAACAUCUGAUGUCUCCCGAUAUAUCGAAGACCCUGGUUUUGGGUAUGAAGACUUUGCCAGACGAGGAGAGGAGCAUUUGCCAACAUUCCGAGCUCAGGACUAUACCUGGGAAAAUCAUGGGUUCUCCCUGGUGAACAGACUUUAUUCUGACAUUGGACAUCUUCUUGAUGAGAAGUUCCGCAUGGUCUACAAUCUCACGUAUAACACUAUGGCCACCCAUGAGGAUGUUGACACAACCAUGCUGCGCAGAGCUUUAUUUAACUAUGUUCACUGUAUGUUCGGAAUCAGGUAUGAUGACUAUGAUUAUGGAGAAGUUAAUCAAUUACUUGAACGAAGCCUGAAGGUUUACAUUAAGACAGUGACCUGCUAUCCUGAGAGGACUACCAAGCGCAUGUAUGAUAGUUACUGGCGUCAGUUCAAACACUCAGAAAAGGUUCACGUAAAUUUACUUCUAAUGGAAGCACGGAUGCAAGCUGAGCUUCUCUAUGCUCUUCGUGCCAUAACUCGGCAUUUGACCUGAAGCAUCAUCCAGGGAAAAUGUCAUAUAUGUGUAAAGACCUUUUCACAUAGGCUAUACAUCAGAAGCUGUUUGUGAUGUAGCAUCAAACAUUAUUCAAUUCUCUAGUGUCAAAGUUUUAGCCGUUUUUUUGGGGGCGGCUGUAAUGUGCAAUGAUGUAUUUUCUUUUUCUUGAUGCUUAACAUGACUAACAAUUGCAAAAAUAAUACUGAGGAGCACUACUUGGCAUUGUUUAUAGUUGGGUUUUUGGAUACUGAUCAUAAGUCAUGAACCUGGUUUGUUAAUGCUUAACUUCAGUGCUUUGGGGUUUGUGUGUAUGUGUAUUUUUGUUCUUUCCUUUUUUUUUUUUUAAAUAUGGAAAAGCGCUUACAAUCUGCUCAAGCAAUUGUUUUUCAGAUAUCGGAAUUCAGCAAUGAAUGACCUCCUCUGGCCAUUCUAGAAUUUUAAUGUUGUGUCCUAAAUCUGGUAGAGGAGAAGCAUGCGCUGUUGAACUAAGCUGCUCACAGGACACUCAUCUGUGUCCCCAGGAGAUUAUUUGUCAGGCACUGUUUAUUUUUUUUUUAUUUGUUUAUUUGUUUGGUUUUUUUUACUGCUAUUGGCGAUAACAUGAAAUGUGAUACAGCCAUUGUCCAUAAUUUAAUGUGAAAUUGAUCAUGAUGAAUUCUAUAGCAUGCUACUGAAAUGCCAAAUUCAGCUAGUUUCUUUCUCUUCUGAAACAGAAGUUUCCGUUUUCCAUAUCAGAUGUAUAUAUUAAAAGUGGAAUUAUGCACAAUCCUUUCUAUCACUGACAGUAAUCCUCAGUCAUCAGAAAUAAUCAGUGCUUGCAGGGCUACUUACAGUUCACUUAGUUGGCACAUAUAAACAUGUACCCACAUAAGACUGACCAAAAAUUUUCUUUGCACAUUUUUCUUUUCUCAUAGUGUUUUCUAUAUUGCAGUAAGCGGAGGAAGGUUAUAAUAUACCUAUAUUUUUUCCUGUUAGGCUUUUAGAACUUAUUUUCCAUGGUUUUUCUUAUGAUAGGUUAAACAGUUUAUUAUUCAAAGGUAAAAAUUGUGUUUCUAUGCAUUAAUGUGAUUGAACGACAACAACAAAAGAGUGCAAUAUGUUAAAAAAAAAAAUACUCAACAGACUUUCCCCCUACUAUGUCACUGCAGAAGUGUCCUUUUAACACAGAGCCAUAAAGAAAUUUGGUUCAGAUUUCUUUAUCGCCCAAGGCUUUUGCCUUCCUGGGGUUGAACAAUGUUCCUUUCAUAAUGCCAAAGCAUCCCCUUCCCCAGAAAAAUCUCUUUGGACAACUGGUUAAAAAAAGAUCUCAAGUCUUAAGGGAAGAAAAAGCAUCCCAAAAGUCACAUUUUUGCAUUGGUUUAUGUUGCUUGAUUAGAUUAUCUUCACAGAGCACAACAUUAUGUGUUUAUAGCUUUAAUUUAUAUUAUGUUAAUGAACCAGUGAAGUGCCUAAAGAGAUGCUUACAGCUAUCCAGUAGGACACAACUGCACUGCUUAAACACUUUUUGGUUAACUAAGGGUGACUUGAAUUUUACACAAACAUGCUAAUUGUUUUAAAACAGAUCCAUUUUUUCAUAGUGAAUAAGAUAGUUAAAAUUUUCCGUUAGAGUUCCCACAAAGAUUUCAUUUUAGACUUACUUGUUAUCUAGGACUUGCUUUUUUUCUCUAAUGAAAGAAUUGUGGACUAGUGUUCUGUUCAGUCAUUUUCCCCUUCCAUUUAUCAUCCUUUUCUGGUACGAUCCAUUAGGUUGCUUUCUUUUAGGCUUUGUUCUAGAUAAGAAAAUAGAAGGAUGACUGUAAACCUAUGAAUAUGAGAUAGUUCUGCAUUUUUAGAUUCCAGGAUUUUGUUUGAAAUCUUCCACGUGAGGAAAAAAAUUGCUAAUUUUUUUUAAGACAGGGUGGUUUAUUUAAAGAGAUUAUUCAAAGAACUCAUGUCAGAUCUAGUCUGUUUUGUUUAUUGUGUAUACCAUAUGUUGAUUUUAUGCCAUAUCACAUUAUAUAGAUAUGUGUUAAAUACGAAGAAAGUCUUUAGGGGAAUGGCAAAAUACGAAUGACAACAUGCAUGUCCAUUUGACUUCCCUAAUUUUAGAACUUUCAAGUUGAGGAUAUCCUUUACUCUUGACUUUUUUUUUUUUUUUUUUAACUAGAAUUCUUUCAGUUAAUAUCCCUAUGUUUUUGUGCAGGUGACCUGUAUUACAGGAUAAAAAAUGAUUUUUAUAUAUUGAAAAGGAGGAGAAAUUCUCACAGAACACCAUAUGAGCUUUAGACCAAAAGGGGAAACAAGGUUUAAGUAACUAAAAUGGCCACUUAGUUUUUGUUUUUUGUGUUCCCCCCAACCCCUGGAAAUGUAGGUAGUUGGAGUUGGGUUAUGGAAAUCUUAGUGCCUUUACUAGAUCUCUUUCCUAGCAAGGUUUCGUAUUAGCUCAGCAUUGAUCUGUCUCAUCACUAAUCAGGAAAAUCAGUUGACUUGGAACUAUAAACAAAGACAAAACAAUAUAUUUAUGAACCUCACUGAAUCAGCCUAGAAAAGUUGACUCUGAAGGUGCCAAAGCACCUGCCGAGAUGCAGCGCGCACAGCCUUCCAGGUUGUGAAAUCCAUUGUACAGCGAGUUUGCUGUGAACUUCAGCUAAUGCAAACUUGAAAUUCUGAUGCGGUUUUCCAGGGUGGUAUUUUUUCAGAGUAUUGAAUUUACUAUGUAGUAAUUUAUAGUAUAGCUUUUUAUAUUAAAAUGUGAUAUUUUUAAAAGAGA